AUGCACAAGCCGCCUGCUGAGGACGUAUGGUGGUCAGAGACCCACCAGAGACCCACCAGAGACCCACCAGAGACACACCAGAGACCCACCAGAGACCCACCAGAGACCUACCAGAGACCCACCAGAGAUACACCAGAGACCCACCAGAGACCCACCAGAGACACCAGAGACCCACCAGAGACCUACCAGAGACCCACCAGAGACCCACCAGAGACCACCAGAGACCUACCAGAGACCUACCAGAGACCCACCAGAGACCCACAAGAGACCCACCAGAGACCUACCAGAGACCCACCAGAGACCCACCAGAGACCCACCAGAGACCACCAGAGACCUACCAGAGACCUACCAGAGACCCACCAGAGACCCACAAGAGACCCACCAGAGACCUACCAGAGACCCACCAGAGACCCACCAGAGACCUACCAGAGACCCACCAGAGAACCACCAGAGACCUACCAGAGACCUACCAGAGACCCACCAGAGACCUACCAGAGAUACACCAGAGACCCACCAGAGACCUACCAGAGACCCACCAGAGACCUACCAGAGACCCACCAGAGACCUACCAGAGAUACACCAGAGACCCACCAGAGACCUACCAGAGACCCACCAGAGACCUACCAGAGACCUACCAGAGACCCCCCAGAGAUACACCAGAGACCUACCAGAGACCCACCCGAGACCCACCAGAGACCUACCAAAGAAGCAAAUCAUGUCUUGAAUGGCAAACUCCACUGGCCAGCUGGCCGUAGGAAUUAG